UCAAAUGGAGAAGAGUUGGAAUGUGGUUUUCGUUUUUUCGGUUGAAUAUAAUUGAAGAACUCAUUAAAACUCUUCCCGAUUGCUGGGAUUUAAUGUUUCAGGGAGUCAAAAGGAUACGUUUUGUUAAAACAAAGCUUAAAGGGCUUGAGAAAUGAAUGGAAACAAUUCUAGACGAUCAAUGAGUCAUAUUGAACGGCAAAGGAGUCUUCUUCAAGAUCAUGCGAAUGGUGUGGAGUCUCCACUUCAGCUGUUUAGCAAAGCGAAGAGUAAGAUCAACAAAACGUUUCAGGAGAUAGCUAGCUACCUAGGAGAAGCGUCUACCUUUCUGGAAGAAAAGUGUUAUGUCUCAGACGAAUUCGUAAAAGAAGUUGAUUCCAGUUCAAAUGAGGUUAAAGCUUUCCUCAGCCAGGUUGCAGGAAUCACGGAAGUACUAAGCAGAGACAACAUGAAAGUAGCGUUCUUUGGUCGGACAAGCAAUGGCAAGAGUACUGUCAUUAAUGCUAUGUUGAGAGAUCGAAUCCUGCCUGCUGGAAUUGGUCACACCACAAGUUGUUUUCUGAGUGUAAGUGGAACUGAGGUUGAAACACCAUAUGUUCUCACCCCUGGCUCAGAAGAAAGAAGAAAUGUUCAGUCACUCAGUCAGUUGGCUCAUGAACUUUGUCAAGAAAAGUUAGAUCCAAGCAGCCUAAUUCAAGUUCAUUGGCCAAAAUCAAAGUGUGCAUUAUUGCGGAAUGACAUUAUCCUUGUUGAUAGUCCUGGUAUUGAUGUUAGUCCUGAUUUGGACACUUGGAUUGAUAACUAUUGCUUGGAUGCUGAUGUUUUUGUUCUGGUUGCUAAUGCAGAAUCUACUCUGAUGGUUACAGAGAAGAAAUUUUUUACCAAAGUUAAUCAGAAGUUGUCACGGCCAAAUAUAUUUAUUUUGAAUAACCGUUGGGAUGCUUCAGCCUCAGAACCAGAAUUUAUGGAAGCAGUCAAAAACCAACAUCUAGAAAGGACAGUGAACUUUCUGGCUAAUGAAUUGGAAUGUGUGGAGAAAUCACAAGCUGAAGACAGAGUGUUCUUUGUGUCAGCUAAAGAAACCUUAAUGAAAAGAAUGCAAGAGAACCAAGGAAUGCCUGAAGCAGGAGCAGCCAUUCAUGCUGAAGGAUUUCAAGCUCGUCUCAUGGAAUUUGAACAUUUUGAACGCAAAUUUGAGGAAUGCAUUUCCAAAUCUGCUAUUCAGACAAAGUUUGAAUCGCAUGCUGUUCAAGGCAUCCAAACAACAGGUUUGGUCAAGAGAAUCAUGGAAAAAAUUGAAGCAAAAUCCAAAGCAGAAAGGUUGAGAUGUUUGCAAGCGAAAUGUGGCUGGGAAGAAAGAUUGGCGUUGAUGAAGGAGAAACUUGAUCUUGUCAGCCUUGAGUGCCAAAAUAAAAUAAAAGAAAUCAAAGAGCAGGUUGAACAUCAAGUUGCUCAAGCAAUGAGUGAUGAGAUCAAACGAUUAGGAAUAUUGGUGAAUCAGUUUGAUCAUCCAUUUCACACACAUCCUGGUUUUAUCAGGACAUAUAAACGAGAGCUACACACCCAUAUUGCCAACGGCUUAGGGCGAAAUCUCACAACAAGGUGUGGUUCAGCUUUAUCUCAGUCUAUUGAAGAAACUAAAAAGUCAAUGACAGACAGAUUGGUUGCACUUCUUCCCCCUGAACAUCCUCAGGAAGUCAUGGACUUAUCAACUUCAAGACAUGAGUUUGAGGUGUCAUAUCAGUUGGAUAUUCACAAUAUCUGUUCCGAUUUUCAAGAGGACUUGGAAUUUCACUUUUCACUUGGCUGGAGAACCAUUUUAAGAAAGUUUCUUGCUCCGUAUAACAGAAGACUGGCCAUUAUUCUUGGAGCAGAUCUGCCAGUUAAAAAACCAAGCAGUCCUUUCAAUCCCCGGUUCAGAGAACAUGAUUUCCCAUCAACUUCCAGAACUCCACCAAGAUCAUUAUCUGAGAAUGAUGAAGGUGAGGCAACCGUUACUAGCAGCCGUCGUCGUAGUGACGAAAUGUUGAAAGAUGAUGAGCUCACGUUGGCGGUAAUACGUAAUAUUGCCUCGUUAUCGUCCAGUAGUGCGACUGGAAUUGUUAUUAUUGGUGGACUGGUAUGGCGAAUAGUUGGUUGGAAGUUGAUUCUCGGUUGUGGCGGUCUCUAUGCAUCGCUUUACGUCAUCGAGAGACUCAGAUGGACCAAUCACGCGAAGGAAAAGACGUUUAAAAAACAGUUUGUGUCAUAUUCUGCGGACCGUCUUCAACUGGUUGUCAGUAUGACAAGCUCUAACUGUAGUCAACAAGUUAUGCAGGAAUUAUCAUCCACCUUCAUGAGGUUGUGUGACUUAGUGGAUGCAGCGAAAAAGAAAGUCGAAAGCGAGAUUGCUAAACUUAGUGAUGAAAUUUCGAAUUUAGAGAAAAUUGAAAACCAAGCUCGUAUCUUAGGAAACAAAGCGCGUUGGUUAGAAGAUCAACUAAGCAACUUCAUCACGGAGUUUGGUCUAACUCGGAGUAAAAUCUAACCAUGGACAAUGUUAAUGUACCGCACAAUUCUGUUAUACUUAGAUUAUACUGCGGACAGUUGCCGGUGAAAUAAAUAUUCACAAAACAAAACGUCUGAUGGUAGUAGUAUUUUAAACUCAA